AUGCCUCACUACGAACCUGUGCCACUAAUGAACAUCUUGCAUUGUAGAUCGCGCUUGCCAAUGAUUCCCAUUGGUCUUAAGGACACAGAUCCCGUCGACUUUAAAGAAGUUCUUUCACCUUUCAUCUCUUCUCAUUACCAUCAAGAUCCAUCAAAGUUCAGUAAAGCACUUGAGCAACUUACACUCUACCGAGAGGCUGUUAGUGAGCCACGGCGUUCGUUAAGUGGGCUUCGAGACUUCCGGAAGUACUACGACCUGUUGAACACCAUUGAACGCCGAUUUUUCGACGUGUCCGUCCAUCACGGAUUCCGAUUUUCGUGGUCUGAUGCAUUUACAGGGGAACGACACAGUCAGAGAUCUCCGGCUUUCGAAAAAGGUGCCCUAAUCUUUAACUACGCUGCCCUCUGUUCACAAAUCGCAACUGCAAGUAGUGAGGCAUCGGUGGAGGCGCUGACGGAACAAGUGCAAAUGUUCAUGCAGGCCCGUGCAAACUUGCAGGUUUUGCGCGAGAGUUUCGCCCACGCGCCCAGUCGAGACAUGAGCAGCGACGUGCUCGACUUCCUCAUUCGUGUUAUGCAAGCACAGACACAGGAGGCUCUUUUCAUGAAGCAAUUGCUCGAGUCACAGGACGACAGUGAUUUCAUACAUCUCGAAAAGUACAUCGGUGGCGCAAGUUUUCUGAGUGAAAUUUUCGGCAAACUAGCAUCACCACCCGCCUCGGGUUCUGGAAGCAGCGAUUGGACCCAGGUAGAGCGAGUUAUUCCGUCGUCAUGGAUCAGUCUCUUGGAGCUCAAGUCGCAGUAUUACCAGGCUCAAAUAAACUACAAACUAGCCACCACUCUGCUGUGUCUUGCUAUCUGUGGGAAACCGAAAGCUGACGGUCCAUUUGAGGUUGGUCCGCUUCCACCAGAAGGGCUAUUCAACGAUGACGAGUUCCUUGAAAAUGAAGUUUCAAGGCAUUUGAGUGACCUAUUUUCGGUGUUAAAACCCAACGUUCAACUGCACAAGCUGGCGGUCCGGGAACGACGCAGAGGUCACCUCCAUCGCCGUCGGAAUCGGUUGUCAAUGUACGCGACCGGUGCCGACGGGCUGCCACGCUCACAGUCUCGAAUGAAGCGAACACUGUCUAGCCUCUCAUUUGGCGGCUUUGGAAGGAACAAGUCACAUGGAUUCGAUGAUGCGUCCUCCUUCAGUGGCCGUUUCUCCUCUCUGAGCCUUCGGUCAGGGUACUCUUCCGCCUCAGCGCCGGCAUCCAGCAUGUCGAACCUCGCCGGCAUCGAGGGUGACGCCGUGGAACCCCCCACCACCCGCAAGGACGCCCACCUCCUGGGCCAAGUUUGUCUCGCUGAGGCAAUCAUGUGGGCGCGACAGGCACUUCAGACCAUCGAGGGUUCCACUGACUUAAACCACGAGACCGAUUUCAAGGCCUUCGUCAACAACGACGUAUUAACGUGGUCUGAGGAGUACGCUCGCGUUACGAAAGCCAACGGCCAGUCCAGCAAUAUGCCGCCAGUAGCCAAGCCACGUCGUCGGUGGCUGUCGAGAUCCAAAUCGUUCAAUCAUUCAACUGCUGGGGAUUCCGCGAGUGUCAUUUCAACGGCAACUGCUGGCAGCAAAAAAUCGAGUCGUGCUGAGGAGAAGGGGGUGAAUCCCUGGAUCGCUCCAACAUUUCAUCCUAGUGAAAUUCAACUGCCAAAAGACACCAGCCCUGUGCUUAAAACCGGCAAAAACAUGCUCGAAGAAAGCAAGGACCCCUUUCGUCUCCUGGGUCCUCUCAAGUUCUUCAACGCGCGGAAAUGCUGGUCUGAGGCCUACACUGUCCAGCUGGUUCGAAAUGAGGAGGUGGCGUACGGAUUUAGCAUCCAAGGCAAGAUCCCGGUGCCGUUUUACACACACUUUACCAUAAACUCGCUGUACCCUAAAGUGAUUUUGGUGCAAAAUCUCGAAAAUAAUCAAGCAGAAGUUGGAGAUUCAAGUCUGAAGAUGUCAUGUUUUUUUUGCCAUGAAGGCACCGGACCCGUGGAAAUUCUUGGUGUGGACCCGGACACCCCAGCCAGUGAUAACGGCCUGCGUACGAGUGAUUUAAUUGUGAGCAUCAACGGCAUGGACGCGCGUUUCAUGACCCACAACGAAGCCGUGGCAGCCAUUCGGUUCGGCGCUGAGGGCUACGACCGAGCCCUAGCGGCCCAGCGCGCCACCGAGGGCCAGGGCUCCUUCCCCCAGGAGGUCGACGUCGUGCAGCUGACACUCGUUCGGCCAGUGAAUCAGCCCGUUGUGGCGCGGAAGCCAUCCACCUACCUCGUCACUCCGGAAAUAUCCGACGUUCUCCCUAGCCCAACGGCACUGAAGCGCAGCUCCUCCGGUCAGUCCCGACCUGUUCGCAAAAUAUCCAGCAAUUUAUUCCAACCUGAGGAAUGGUUCUUUGGCUUGUCAACGAAGCUUCGCAAACACAACUCAAGUCUCACUCAUCGCGAUGUUUUCGCUAAGUACCGUAACUCUCCCUACACAUGA